AUGUUUGAUUUUCAAUUCAUAUCCGUAAUCAUCAUUUUAGGAUUUAGUUUGGCAGCCUGGACUGCUGAUCUCCUAAAAAUAGGCUAUGGCAAGCAUCUCUCUCAUUACAUGAAGUUGACUCUGCCCCCAAGAAUAGGGUGGAUCCUCUACGAAUGCCCUAACCUCAUUUGGUUUGUGUAUUUUCUCCCAGCCAUCAGCCUUGAUUUCAAUAGAUUGCCCAUUCUAUUGUUCGUCACCCAUUACUUCAAUCGUGUGAUCAUCUAUCCUUUAAGACUAUCUCCACUUGCAAGACCCAUCCCCGUUGAAGUAGUGGCUAGUGCCAUCUUAUUUACAACCUGCAACGGCUAUAUCUAAAUUACAACUCAUUUAAAUCGAGAUCUUUAAUUAUACCUCCCUGAUUAUUUAAGAAUUCUUGUAGGAAUCUUAAUAUUCAUCUAUGGAAUGACAUCUAAUAUCAAAUGUGAUAACAUCUUGAGAGGGUUGAAGAAGGAAAACUCAAAUGAAUACAAGAUUCCAUAUGGCAAUUUAUUUGAGUUGGUAUCAUCUGGCCAUUACUUAGGUGAAAUAAUUGAAUGGUUUGGGUACUUUUUGGUUAGUGGCUAAUGGAGCGGAUUCCUAUUUUUCUUUUCAACCUUGUCAAUUCUUUCAGCUAGAGCCGUUUCAACCCAUAAAUGGUAUAAGAACAAAUUCGACAACUAUCCCAAAAACAGAAAAGCCAUAAUUCCAUUUAUUCUGUGAUAUUAAAUUAUUUUCAUAUAAUAAUAUUAUUUCAAAUAUAUGUACAAAGAA